GGGGAACGAAGGGGGCGGAGGGCACUGAGUCACCCGCUCACCGACUUCCAUCAAUCCCUGCGAGAAGAGCAAAAACACCAAAACAGCCGCGGAGUUCGGGACGGGACGGGACAGGGAUCCGGCGUCGGAGGGAACCUCAUGGAGAGAUCGAGCGCCCAGCAGCUCCUGCUGGGGCUUUGGAUCGCCUUCUCCGCCUUCAGCGGCAUCAGAGGUGAUUUCUGUGAUGUAAAUCACUGCCAGAAUGGAGGAACUUGCCUCAAGAGUCUAGAUCAAUCUCCGUUCUUCUGUAUCUGUGCAGACGGCUUCACUGGGCCUACCUGCAAUGAAACUGAGAAAGGUCCCUGCCAACCAAAUCCAUGCAAGAAUGAUGGGGAAUGCAGGUUACUUCCCAAUCGGGGUGAUGCUUUCAGUGAAUACAUGUGCAUAUGUCGUCCCGGGUAUAAUGGCAAACACUGCCAGUACUAUGACAAUAAAUGUGUUUCCCAGCCCUGCAAGAACGGAGGGACCUGCCUGGAUUUGAAGGGCAACUUUAACUGUAAAUGCCCCUCACCCUUUGUGGGGAAGACCUGCCAGAUGCGCUGCAAAGAUGAGUUGGGCAUGCAGACAAGAGCUAUUGCAGACACUCAGCUUACAGCAUCAUCAGUGUAUUAUGGCUUCCUGGGUGUGCAACGCUGGGGCCCUGAACUUGCUCGCCUCCACAACAGAGGAGUUGUGAAUGCCUGGACAGCCAGCAGCUAUGACAAAAACCCUUGGAUUCAGGUAAAUCUGUUGAAAACAAUGUUCCUCUCUGGGAUUGUUACUCAAGGGGCAGGCCGUGGAGGAUUCUCAGAGUAUGUCCAGACUUACAAAGUUUCCUACAGUCUAGAUGGACAAGUAUUUACAUUCUACAAAGAUGAGAACCAAAAUCAGGAAAAGAUUUUCUCGGGCAAUCAAGACAAACAUACCCCUGUGACCAACAUGUUUAACACUCCAAUCAUCACCCACUAUUUCCGAAUCCAUCCAGGGGAGUGCUAUCGUGGCUGCACUAUGCGGUUUGAACUGAUUGGCUGUGAAAUGAAUGUGUAUUUCAACACGGCAGGUUGCUCUGAUCCACUGGGCAUGAAGUCCCGUCUCAUCUCUGACCGGCAUAUCACAGCCUCCAGCAUGUACAAGACCUGGGGCAUAAGUAAGAUGUCAUGGUACCCUUACUACGCUCGCCUUGAUAACACUGGGAAAUCCAAUGCCUGGACUGCCCUCACCAACAAGGCAGGCGAGUGGCUUCAGAUUGAUCUUCAGAAAUUGAAAAAAGUGACUGGGAUUGUAACUCAGGGAGCACGAGAUUUUGGGCACAUUCAAUACGUAGCAGCCUACAAAGUGGCCUACAGCAAUGAUGGGAAAACCUGGACUUUCUACCACGACAACAGUACAAACAGCAUUAAGAUAUUCCAAGGCAACCAUGACAACAAUUCUCACAAGAAGAACAUGUUCGAUGUGCCCAUCUAUGCCCGCUUCAUCCGCAUCUUCCCUGAAGCUUGGCACAACCGUAUCACAUUGCGAAUGGAACUUCUGGGAUGCGACGAGUAGAUGGUUGAACAUAGGAGAGAUGGUGUCAAGAAUCAGACUGCUCCACCUCUCCCCACGGAUGCUCUCCCCCCCCCCCAAGAUCCCACGGGGCUUACAGUUCCCAGUGUCAUCUCCUCCACAUCUUUUAUUUUUGCACCAUUUGUAAGGAGGUCUUAGCUUUCACAGGUUGGGCAUUGCUAAACUUUUAGAGAUGAUACCAAGAACUGGUGAAAGAAGGGAUUUUAGUAUGUCCUACCUGGUCCUUUUCUGGCCCUUCUUGCUUUCUCCAAUUAUGUGUCUGGCUCUUUGAGGCAUGGUUGCCCAGUUCUGGAUGGCCUCCUCAAUGCCAGCCCUGCACUUUAAGGACCUUUUUUCUGUGGCAGGACUCUCUAUGUUUAAGGUCCUGCCAAGUUUUGGGUUCUCCUGGAGCAUGACCAUACACUGUAGAUUUAAGUGGAGCUUAGCAGUCAUUCCUUCUCUCCAAGGAACCCUCAAAACUAUAAUUUGGGGAAACAUCGAGUUCUCUAGCACAGAUCCUCUCUUUCUCUAGAAAUUACAGUUCUCAGGAUUCUGUUUUUAGACAGCUGACGUGCAUUUUAUGGACAAAGGAACAGGUAGUUUUGCCAUCCCGGUUUUGAAAAUUAAAUAGCAUCCUCAGGCUGGUGCUUUCGGCUUUGUGCCAGUGCAAGCAGUUCCCACCUGUGUUUCUAUUUAACUUUUGCCACCAUGAGGGCUAGAAACUAUUUCCCUUUUUUUAGCCACAAGAAUGAGAUUUUUCACUUGCACAGAUCCCGCUGUUUUGUCUUCUUUUAGCCUCUUGUCUGGACUCUUCUGAAGCCACUCAAUCACUUCCUCUUCCCCCAAGUACUACACUUGUUGCUGACUGAAAGAACUGAGAUGUUCUUCUCUCUCCCCUCUCCCCUCAUCCCAGCUGCCACCAAGGAUUCUACUCCGCCAUGUCAACUCAAUCCUUGGCAGAGAUGCUAAGAAGAAACAGAAUUUUCUGGAGGGGAAGAAAAACAUUUAAAAAACAACGCAAAUAGAUGCAGGCCGUUCUUUUUGGCAGGGCUGAGGGAGGGUAGGGUUGGGACAUAUGUCUUUCUGUAGUCAGUGGCUGGCUAUGGGGUGGAGUGGGGAGAAAUGAGGAUGUGGGUUCUGGAAGUAAUUAACCCAGAGCAAAGGAAUCCAAGGUUGUAAGCAAUUCUGAGGACGGCUGUGACUUCGCAAUGGGAUGCAGUGUUAAAGAAGGACAGGCAAUAUUAAAAC